GGCUUCGGAAAGGGACGCAAUGGUGUAGGCCCAGGUCGGGGGCGGGGCUCGGGGAACUUUUCCUCAAACCGCACUGUUAUGUUUGCGUGGGAAGUUGCGGCGAUCUUUCUUAGACGUCCCAGACAUAUGGGCGGCCCCAAGGCUGCAGCACUUUCUGAAGAAUCUUAGGACCGCUUACUUUUUCCACUCGUUUCCUUUCCUCGCGCCCCGUUCUCAGUCUAGGAGCCAAAGAGGAAGACCGUGUUGGGACCCCUGCAUGGAGUUUCAGAGGGUGGUGAAAAAAUAAGGUAGAAGAAUACAUGUUCGCUUUUAGUGAACAAGAGCAUGUUCCCAAACUCAAUUUUGGGUCGCCCGCCUUUCACCCCAAACCAUCAACAACAUAAUAAUUUCUUCGCCCUGUCACCAACUCUUUAUUCACACCAGCAGCUUAUAGAUGCACAGUUCAACUUUCAGAAUUCAGAUUUGUCAAGAGCGGUGUCAUUACAGCAGUUGACAUAUGGAAAUGUCAGUCCAAUACAGACCUCAACUUCUCCGUUAUUUCGAGGAAGGAAGAGAUUAAGCGAUGAAAAAAACCUUCCUCUUGACGGUAAACGGCAGCGUUUCCAUUCACCCCACCAAGAGCCAACUCUAGUUAACCACAUAGUGCCUUUAUCAGGUGAAAGAAGAUACUCAAUGCCGCCAUUGUUUCAUACACACUAUGUACCAGAUAUAGUCAGAUGUGUUCCAUCUUUUCGAGAAAUACCAUUUUUAGAACCUAGAGAAAUCACACUGCCUGAGGCCAAAGAUAAGUUGAGUCAGCAGAUACUGGAGUUAUUUGAAGCAUGUCAGCAGCAAGUAAGUGAUUUAAAGAAGAAAGAACUGUGUCGAACACAGCUGCAGAGAGAAAUUCAGCUCUUAUUUCCACAAAGCAGACUUUUUUUGGUUGGGUCCUCUUUAAAUGGAUUUGGUACUCGGAGCAGUGACGGUGAUUUAUGCCUAGUUGUUAAAGAGGAACCAUGUUUUUUUCAGGUCAAUCAGAAGACUGAAGCACGGCAUAUACUCACCUUAGUCCAUAAACACUUCUGUACCAGACUUUCUGGCUACAUAGAGAGACCUCAGUUGAUUCGAGCAAAAGUGCCAAUUGUGAAGUUCAGGGAUAAAGUCAGUUGUGUGGAAUUCGACUUGAAUGUAAACAAUAUUGUUGGAAUAAGAAACACAUUCCUCCUCAGAACUUAUGCAUACCUUGAAAAUCGAGUUCGUCCGUUAGUACUGGUGAUUAAGAAGUGGGCAAGUCACCAUGAGAUAAAUGAUGCCAGUCGUGGUACUUUAAGCAGCUAUAGUCUUGUAUUGAUGGUUUUGCACUAUUUACAAACCCUACCUGAACCCAUCCUUCCAUCCAUCCAAAAAAUUUACCCAGAAUCUUUUAGUCCUGCUAUACAGUUGCAUCUUGUACAUCAAGCUCCAUGUAAUGUUCCUCCUUACCUCUCGAAGAAUGAAUCAAAUCUUGGGGACCUCUUAUUGGGCUUUCUUAAAUAUUAUGCUACAGAAUUUGACUGGAACAGUCAAAUGAUUUCAGUUCGUGAAGCCAAAGCCAUUCCCAGGCCUGAUGGUAUUGAAUGGAGAAAUAAAUACAUCUGUGUCGAAGAACCUUUUGAUGGAACAAAUACGGCCAGAGCUGUGCAUGAAAAGCAGAAAUUUGACAUGAUCAAGGAUCAAUUUUUAAAGUCAUGGCACAGAUUGAAAAACAAAAGAGAUUUGAACAGUAUACUACCUUUAAGAGCUGCUAUCCUGAAAAGAUAACUGGCUUCUAUAUCUUAAUAAAUUCUUCUGAGAAAUAAAGAACAAUAGUAACACCAUAAUGCAUUUUGUUUACCUCCAUCAUGGUUUCUUUUUAACUGUUCUUGUUUUCAUGUUUUAUUUUUAAGAGGACAUACUUAUAUAAAGAUUGCAUAUUUUAUUAUGACAUUUCCUAAUAAAACCCUUUGAUUUAAAGAUGUAUUUUUGAAAAUGUUUACAUUGAUUCGUAAUAUUAUGGCAUGGAUUUUCAAGAGAUCAGAUAAAAUAUUUUUGGGGGAAUUAUCUGAACAAAUAAAAGGUUUUUGAUAUAACUUCAAUUAAUUAUACCACAUGCUAAUACUGAAGAGAUGUGUGGAAUUUUGGAAAGGGACUGAUUCACACAUACUUAACAUAUAACGUACAGUAUAUAGUUUGUUGCCCGUCUGUUCUGGUAAAGUGAAGAUUCAAGCCAGUUAUUCGGUUACUUGAAACAAAAUGAAAUCUGUAAUUUCACUGAAAUCACUGCAGAGGCAUGAAAUACUGGACAAUUGCCUUAAGUCUUCACUUGACUCUCCGGGAUAGACUGAGGCUUUGGGUGUGUCUAUAUUAGCAUUUCAUUAGUACCUCACAUGCUUUUCAUGUACUCUUGAGAUUGCUUUAAAUUUUUGUUGAAAACAGUACAUUUUGCACUGUAGUAAUAUGAGCACCCUGUAUUGUUUAGAGGUUAGUAAGUUGUUUUAAAGAAUUAGUUCAUUGUAGAUUUUUGAAAAGAUGAAGUCCCCUGUGCUUUAUGAUAGUUCAGUGCAAUGUGCACUUUUACUUUAUUUCACGUUUUCCUGCUUUUAUUUUCCCUGUAACAUGAAGCAACAGAAACUGAAAGAUCAAAGUUGAGAUUAUAUCCUAUUGACAGUAUCAGAGUUUGUCUGUGUACAAGUGUAGGAUUGUAAUCUAAACUGGAAUUUUUAGGCAGUAAGCCACUAUAAAAUGUUUUAGGUAAGACAAAAUUAUUAUAAAUAAAAGCUUAAUGUUUGUAAAGAUAUCUUUUUUAGUAUUUUUUUCCAUAUGAAGAAGUAGUGGUGGCUGCUAAAAAAAACCCUACAGUGUUUAUUAAGAUUGAUUAUGGUUUAUGUAAAUAUUUGUAAAUUGGUCAGUGCCUGUACAUUUAAAUAUGAAGAGUAAUCUUGAAAACAAUUUUAACUUUUUCAGAAGGACUGUGUACAACUUCUUUGAGACCUGCUGUAGCACAGUUUGUACCUCUAAUGUAUUUGAGUUUUGCAGACCAAUUCAAAUGCUAAGACUUUUGCUUUUCUUUGACUUGUAAAGGUGCAGAUUUUCAUUUCUUCUUUAAGUUUAAAUUUUUGUAUGAUGUCAAAUGGAAUAAAGUUUAUAUAUGGAAA